UGUCACAGAGAGAACAGUUCACUUAAAUGCAGCUGCAGUAUUUUUGUGUGAUACCUGUCAGAAUCAUUCCCAGUGCGAAUUUGGGUUUGUGACCAUGAUGUCAAGAUUUGUCUGUCUUCUUUUCUGUGGAUAUAUUGCACUAAACCUGGGAAAUGCUCAGAAAUUGCCAAGAGUGAAAAGGCAGAGUCUGAAGGUUCAGAUCAAUGCAACAGAUGACACCGUUUGCAUGAGAUAUCUCCGACCAAGUCAAAACACCAAACUAGAAGGUUUUGUCCUGGGUUAUGGAAGCAACUUCUUUUCUAAUCAGUACAUUCCUUUACCUUCAGAAGGAAAAAACUAUGUAACAGAACUUGAUGCAGAACCACGGUAUUUGGUUUCAGUAAGACCAGCACGUGUUUCAAACAAGAAAUCUUGUUCAGGUCGGACCAAGACACAAAAGCCUCUGCAGCUGGUAGUUGGCACUCUCACCCCAACCUCUGUGUUUCUCUCUUGGGGCAUCCUAGUCAACCCUCAACAUGACUGGACAGCAACAAGUAACUGUGCUAGUGACAGGUUCUAUACAGUUCGCUACAGAGAAAAGGGUAAAGACAAGAAAUGGGUUUUUCAGCUCUGCCCAGUUACAGAGACUGUGAUUGACAAUUUGAAGCCAAACACACAGUAUGAAUUUGGAGUUAAAGACAAUGUAGAUGAUAGUAUUUGGAGCAAGACUUUCAAUCAUAAGACAGUUCUCUCUAAUAAAAAAGUAAAUGGGCAAUUCCAGAAUAUGUACAAGUUGGUACCCAAUUCCCAAACACAGCUUAUACUGAGUGAUAAUAAGAAGUUGGUCCCAGUCACAAUAAUCAAACAAGUUAUUCAAAAUCGGACGCAGCCAAAAACACCAGACAGUUCUUCUCUCCCAGGAGCAAUAUUAGUGCACCUUAUUGUUCCAGGCCUCAAUGAAAGUCAGCAGAAACUUCCUCCUCUCCUUACAAUAGAUGGCUUAUCUCCAGCAUCCAGGAAAAAACUGGCUCAGAAUGAAACUGGAGUAUGGCCUGCUGAAUCCAAAACACCAGAAGUUCAAGAAAUCUCCCCACAGUCCCUUCCAGCUCAGGCUGAGAAAAGACAUGGACCUGAGGAAUUUAAAUCAACGCCUAAACCCAAAUUGGUGCAAACUCAAAACAUACCGGCUUCUAAUGACAUACAGCUACUUCCUUCUGGAUCCAGAAUCUCCGAUGCUCCAAAAACUUCAUUGACAGAACGUGCUACUCAGAGUCCAGCCUUGAAACCCCUAACUCUACCUUCUGCAGAAGCCAGAGAGAUGGAAAUGGAUUUAGGUGAAAGGAAGACUCUUCCUUCAAGAUUCACAACAUCUGGCAUACCAGAAAUGCCACCAAUCUCAUCUGGUAAUAACAUCUCUCCUCAUUGUAGUUCUCCUGACAUCUA